UACGUUUUUGAUCCUUGCUGAACCUGGUGCUGAGUUCAAAGAGAGUGGGAUGAGCUUUUGUCCUGCUUGAUGGCUCGUUAGGUGCAGACAAGGACUCUCAAGGACUGACCAAGCAGCAUGCGUGUGGGCAGCACUACGGCUUUAAAAUCUGGACAUGGAUAUGGAUGUCGAAAGGACUCUUGCAUUCCGAAAGUUCCAGCUAGUCGUUGAGCCACUCGGUCUGGACAAAAACAGAGAAUGAAUCGACUACUUUGAAAAGUGAAAGUUUUACGCUCAUAAACUGGAAGAGUAAUCUAAAAUGUCUGCGCGUAAUGACCGGGACAAUAUGCGAGACCUUCUCCGGAGGACUUGUCAUGCAUUUAAGUUCAACCCCGGGAAGAGAAAAGAAUCCGGAGAACUCUUCGCCUUCAUCUUCAUCUUCGUCAGGGAGCUUUGUGUGCGAGCUGUUGGCCGUUAAACUGAUUAUGAUUGACUAGGCGGCAGGCCACACGAUUUAUUGAUGGAGAGUCCGCUCUUCCCCAGUAUCCUUGGCCAAGAGCUCCUCGCACAAAAGACUCUCCCGCCCCGAUGAUGAAUGAGAAGGCGGUCCUUUGUGCCUCCGGCCAACAGGGCGUAUGGAAUUACAUGACCCUGGGCUAAGCACUGUUCAAUGGCAUCCACUUGCCCUCGGCCUGGUCUUCGCCUAGGACACGCCUGACUGCCGCCUGUCAGUUUCUCAGGAUGCCAGGUUGUGAGUGGAGCGUUCCUGGCCUAAGUCGAAACUGAUGAGCCCAGCUUCGGGAGCAUUAUGAAUACAUUACCAUCAAGGAGGAGAAAAUCGAUUUAAAAGACACAAACAGGAGUCGAAAGUUGAAAAAAUUCGAAUUUAAUAAGAAAACACACUAACAUACAAAACAAACAGAUUCAGAUACAGAGAGACUAUCCCCCAUGGCAGUCAAGAUGCUGCCUAGUAACAGUUCCGGCCACUUGGCAACAGAUCUACAACUGUUUCAAAAUGAAAAAUUCUUUUUAAAUCUGACCCAAGUGCUAAACAUCUCGGCCGACAACCUUACCAGCCUGCUGCAGGGCCUGGAACCGGAGGAGCUGCUUCCCACGAUGUCACCGAUGGCACCGAUGUCCUUGCUGGCUGCUCUCAGUGUGGGCUAUGCCCUUAUCUUUGUGGCAGGUGUUUUGGGCAAUCUCAUCACCUGUAUUGUGAUCUCUAGAAACAACUUUAUGCACACGGCUACCAACUUUUAUCUUUUUAACCUGGCCAUAUCUGACAUGAUCCUGUUGUGCUCAGGCAUGCCACAAGACUUGUACAACCUCUGGCAUCCGGACAAUUAUCCCUUCAGUGAUGGAGUCUGCAUAUUGGAGAGUGUACUUUCGGAGACUGCGGCCAACGCUACUGUCCUAACAAUUACCGCUUUCACCGUGGAGCGAUAUAUUGCCAUUUGUCAUCCUUUCAGGCAGCACACGAUGUCGAAGCUUUCACGGGCCGUAAAGUUCAUAUUUGCCAUCUGGAUAGCCGCUCUAUUACUGGCCCUUCCCCAGGCGAUUCAGUUCUCAGUGGUGGUCCAGGGCGUAGGAUCCUCGUGCACGAUGAAAAACGACUUUUUCGCGCAUGUGUUUGCUGUGUCAGGCUUUCUUUUCUUCGGCGGACCCAUGACAGCCAUAUGUGUGCUCUACGUGCUCAUCGGUGUGAAAUUGAAGCGAAGCAGGCUGCUCCAGGCGAUUCCCCGGCGAUGUUACGAUGUGAGCCGAGGUAUCAGCGCCCAAACACGAGUCAUCCGGAUGCUGGUUGCGGUUGCGGUGGCAUUCUUUAUCUGCUGGGCGCCCUUCCACGCCCAGCGCCUGAUGGCGGUCUACGGCUCCACCUCGGGCAUCGAAUCGCAGUGGUUCAACGAUGUCUUCAGCAUCCUCAACUACACCUCCGGAGUACUCUACUUCCUUUCCACGUGCAUUAAUCCACUGCUCUACAACAUUAUGAGCCACAAGUUCCGCGAGGCUUUCAAGGUAACCCUUGCCCGUCAAUUUGGCUUGGGGGGCAAAAAUCAGGGACGUGGCCUGCCUCACACCUACAGCGCCCUGCGGCGAAACCAGACGGGUUCCUUGCGCCUUCACACGACCGAUAGCGUGCGCACCACCAUGACUUCCACCACAACCACCACAAUGCUGAAUGGUAAUGGAGCUGGAAGUCAGUCCCAGAGACUGAACCGAGUAUCUCUGGACAGCUCCCAGUUGCAGGGUCAAAAUCGCAGCCGCCAGGAUCUGUUCGACAAUCCCCGACGCAUCCUGCAGUCGCAGAUUUCACAGCUCUCGUCUGUGGGCGAUGCCCAUUCGCUGCUCGAGGCGGAUCUGCCAUAUGCCGAGGAGCAGAUGCACCAUCAACAGCAUCCCACCAUGUGCUCUAUUGACGAGCUGAGUUGCCAAAACGACGACUCGGGUCUUUCGCGGUCCCGCCUCAAGCUGACACGCAUCACCCGUCCUAUGGGGGGCGUGGCCGCAGGCGGAUCGGGGGCUGGAUCGGUGGGUGGGGACGAGUCAAGUGGGAAAGUGCGAAAGGCGAAAGCGAAAACGCUCAAGAGCUCGAAUACUCUCAAGGGUCUCAGGGCCAAAUUCAAUUGGCGUGCCAGACGCAAAGGCAGCCACAAACCGCAGGCGAGGGGCGCGACGGUCGCGGGGGUCUCCGAGGCUCCCGCGACGGGGUGUGGCAACGACUCCUCCGACGAAAGGGCCGCCUUUUGAAGAGGCCCGGAGUCCAUUCCAAUGCCAGCUACACACACUCAACUGUGAUACGAGCAGCAAGCGCCUCUCGAGCUUGUUUGUGUUUUUUUUUUAGACAAAUAUUCCAGCUCCAGGUCAAUUCUUUGUCCUUGCUUUAAUUUAGAGUUUAGCUCAAUAACUCGUAAUCGAGUCUCAAUAAACUAGUUCAUUCACAUUACCAAAAUGUAAUUAGUUUUAUUAAAAACCAAGAAAUAAGUUGAAUAAUAAAGUGCUGUUUAAAUCAAAACUUAAGAAAAUUUUAUAAAAUUUG